AUGGUGGAACUCGAUCCUUCUCCUAUGGUUGUUGUGGCUGCAACAUAUGUUCCUCUUCAUGUGGUAGCUACAACAUCUGUACCUACUCUUAAGAUGGCGAACCAUUUACAUGCACUAGCACUACCUACUCGUCUCUCCAUAACAACUCUAGGAUUAUAUGGGAUCGGCAAGCUAAGUGAAAGUUGGUUCACUUUGCACAAUCAGAUUUUUCACAAACACACGCUCCCUUCUAAACCACCUCUUCCCUUUGACCGCAGCUGUGCCACUCCAUCGGCGAGGUUCCGUUUCCUUGGCGCCGAUUGA